UCGCGGUUCGAUUCCGCGGGCGCGCUCCGCCGUCUGUGUUACAGGGUUGAAUGCGUUUUGUGUGGCUCAGGGGACAGGUCUGUCCCCAGUCCAGCAGCACACCACACCUGAGAAAGUAACACGGUGCUAAGCCAGCUGUAAGAGUGAGCAGUCGUUACCAGGCUGUUGGCAUAGGGCUGAGACCGUCGGCCGUGACACGCCGCCAUCAUGUCGGAGACGCCGCGCGAGGCCGGCCGGCUGGACCUGAGCCGGCCGCGCUGGGACCAGUCGACGUUCGCCGGCCGGCUGCGCCACUUCUUCAGCAUCACGUCACCGUGGCUGGCGCUGCACGGCCGAGACGAGCUGCUGGCGGCGCGGGAUCUCGUGCAGCAGUACCGCGAAGGCCGCGAGCCGGCCGGCACUGACGAUGAGCAGGUUUGGCGCGCCAAGGCGCUCUGCGACUCAGCCUUCCACCCGGACACGGGCGACCUGCAGAACGUGGUGGGUCGCAUGUCCUUCCAGGUGCCCGGCGGCAUGGUGCUGAUCGGCGGCAUGAUCACCUUCUACCGCAGCACAACCGCCGUCGUCUUCUGGCAGUGGGCCAACCAGUCGUUCAACGCCUUCGUUAACUUCACCAACCGCAACGCCAAGAGCCCGCUGACGCCGACGCAGCUGGGUGUGGCGUACGUGUCGGCCACGUCCUGCGCGCUCGGCACGGCUCUGGGCCUGAAGCGCGUGCUGGCCGGCCGCGCCUCCACCUUCGUGCAGCGCUUCGUGCCGCUGGUGGCCGUGGUCGCAGCCAAUUGCGUCAACAUCCCGCUGAUGCGUCAGGGCGAGCUGCUGCACGGGGUGCCCACGUUCGACGCCAAGGGCGAGGAGGCGUGCGUGUCGCGCGCCGCCGCCGUCAAGGGCAUCGCCCAGGUGACGCUCAGCCGGAACGUGAUCGUCUCGCCGAGCAUGCUGCUGCUGCCGGUGCUGAUGUCGCGGCUGGACCGGGUCGCCUGGUACGCGCGCCGGACGCGGCUGCACGCGCCCGCCCAGAUCGCGCUCUCGGGCGCCGUGCUGAUGUUCAUGGUGCCGGUGGGGUGCGCGCUGUUCCCGCAGACGUGCGUCAUUGGCACGGACGCGGUGCGCCGCCUGGAGCCGGCCGUCUGGCAGGAGCUGGUGCGGCGAUACCAGCCACAGCCGCCGCCCGACACGGUGCAGUUCAACAAGGGCCUGUAGCCGUUGCCGGCCCGGCCCGCCACACCUGGCGGCGGUGGGUGGUCGCUGGCGGCUGCAGUCGGCUGUAUGAGUCAUCCAAUGUAUGCAGUCGGCUGUAUGGGUCAUCUGAUGUGUGCGGUCGGCUGUAUGAGUCAUCCGAUGUGCGCAGUCGGCCGGAUGCGUCACCUGAUGGGUGCAGUUGGAGGGGGCAGUCCGCCAAUGACGUGGAUGGUGCGAGCGGUGGGACUCAAAGACGCGUGGUUUUGCAACGCCAGGAGACGGAGAUGACCCCAAAGUAUGUUAAAACGUGACAGCAGAAAACUUGUGCAAUCAAAUGCAAGGUACGUCCCCAUCGGCAACUCAACCGGUUGGAGAAUCAUUUGCACCUGAAGGGAACGUUGUGCAAAGCAGUAAUGCACAGAAUCCCUUCAGUCAAGGCUCAAAGCUCAGAACACAAAGUGCAAUGAUGUUUUUGUUAGGGUUGGUGCAAAGCACAAAUGAUGCACCAGUGCAUGCAAGAAAGCACCAAGUUUAUAAAAAAGAUCGAUUUCUUGGCGCGGAGGAUUCUGCAUGAUCGGCUAUGAGUAAUUGCGAAGGAAAAAUUUUGGUAGUAGUGUGGCGCAGUUCAUAAAAGCUUAACCUUUUCAAGGGUCUCGCAGCUGGCAUUGGGACAUGUCCUGAAGUCAUCGAUAUUGAUUCGAGUUUAAAAGGGCAGGAAAUGACCCG